AUGAUUAGAAGUUUGAUACGGGGUUGUUUGUCAUCUUCAAUACGUAUUAAUUGCAUAACACACUUACAAUUGAGGUGUUUGUCGAGAUACUCUUCGAAAGUUGUUCCAUCGAAGAAACAUCUACUCAAGACUAAACCAAAAACACGACAAGAAACAAAGGAAGAGGUGGAAUCAGGGUCUAAAUCUAAAAAGGGACUUGUUUUUGAAUCAGGCAAAUUUUCACAAUUACAUAAUGACUUGAAGACACCAAUUGAUCUAGCUGAAUCGAAAAUUGACAAUUUUAAUCAAUUGAAAAUUUUCCCCUCAGUACGAGAAGCAAUGGUCAAAGAGAUUAAAUCACAGUACAAUCUCAAAGGACCUCAACAUAUUUCGCUUGAUGAAAUUAAGAUUAAGCCUACGCCAGUACAAAUUUCAGCAAUUCGUAAAAUCAACCAAACAAGAAAAGUCAAUCAGGACUUGGAGGAUAUGGAUGAAGGUGAACGUAUAUUUUAUGAAUUGAAACAUGAAAACGAGUUGAAAAAGACAAAAGUUUUCACUGUUGCUGCUGAGACUGGUUCAGGUAAGACAUGGAGCUAUCUAAGUCCUCUUUUAUCCAAAUUGAAGGAGGAUGAUUUCAACUGGUUCAAAGAUAAUGAAAGAAAAUAUGAACUAUUCAAGACAUCAGAACAGGUGAGGUCAAUCAUCUUGGUUCCUACUCAUGAAUUGGUUGAACAGGUUUAUGAAGUACUCAACAGAGCUAACAAAUUCUCCUUAGAUCAUGAAAAUGUACCACGUCUGUAUAAGGAAUUUCUUGAAUUACCAGAAAAUGCUACAUUGGGAUUAUCUGUCAUGAAGUUGUCCCAUGGUGAUCCACCCAUUUCAUUAUACAAGCAAUUGCGUAAUUUUGGUAAAGUUGAUGUCUUGGUUACAACUCCCGCUAAAAUCACUGGUUUUUCCAAAUUAGAAGCUAUUGAUCGUCCAUUCAAGAUCUUUAAAAGUGUUAGGUACUGUGUGCUAGAUGAAGCUGAUACAUUAUUUGAUCCGUCGUUUUUGAAAGAUACUACUGCUGUGGUUAAAAACUUUCCCAAUUUGCUUGAUUUGAUUUUGGUGUCGGCAACCAUUCCCAAAGAAUUUGAAAAGACAUUGGCGAGGUAUUUCCCGGACGAGAAAUCAAUGAUUCGGGUAUCUACGCCUUCAUUACAUAAAGUGCCUCGGAACAUCAAGGUAAUGACUUUGGAUGCUGAUUUGCCACCAUAUAAUGGAUCAAAACCAAGAUGUUUAGCCCAGGCUAUCUAUGCAAUAUCAAGAGAUGGUACUGAACCUGAUCAUGUGAAACGUAUUAUCGUAUUUGUCAAUGAGAAAUCUGAAGUUGAUGGAUUAGUUGAUUUGAUGAUUUCGAAAUAUGGAAUUCGUGAGCAAGAUAUAUUUGGCAUAUCAGGCAAAGUCAAGAUUCAAGAUCGCAAGGAUUUUCUUGAACCUUUCUUGAUGCCAGCACAGUUGGUAAAGCAUGAUUUGGAUGGAAGUAAGGUGAAAAUUCUCGUGACCACUGAUUUACUAGCUCGUGGAUUGAAUUUCAUUGGAAUUAAAAAUGUCAUAUUGAUGGGAUUACCACGUAGCUCAGUUGAUCUUGUACAUAGAUUGGGAAGAACCGGGAGGAUGAAUCAACUGGGUCGAGUGUUUAUCAUCGCUGAUAAGAAAUCAAAGAAGUCUUGGGUAAAAGGAUUAGGUAAUGCCAUAAUAAGAGGAAUCAAAAUAGGAUAA